CAUACAUGAUGAGAAUAAAUUAGUUGAUGGUAUUCGGAGCAGUGCAAAGUUCAAGUACAUAAGAAUCGACUUUCAUAUCAGGGGUGUGUACGUAAACGGUUAAUGAUUCAUAAUCGAAUCUCUCUCAAAACGCGAGUUGUGGAAUCAAUUGGUUCUUGACAUGGUAUCAUAGUCUUAUGUGACCGAUAGGUCUUUUGUUUGAAUCUCGGUGACUCCCAUUUAUUUUGUUAAGCACAAUCCGAACUUGUGCGAAUAUGAAUCGGCUUUCGUUUGUGUGUGUGUGGGCCGGGAGUGGGGGGGGGGGGGGGGUUAGUAAAUGGUACAUGAUGCAUAUUUGAAUGUCUCCCAAUAGCUUGAGUAAUUGGGUCAUUGAAAUCAACUGAUUCUUGACACAUACUUGUAUGUGUAUGUGUGUCCAUUGGCGGAGCCACACGAGGCCAAGGUGGGUCAUUUGCACCACCUUGGCCCAAAAAUGUGGAGUACAUUUAUUUAUGCCAUUGUUGAUUGAAUACAAAAUUUCCUAGAUAAUUUUACUAAAAAUAAUAUUUUGUGAUAUAUAUAUAUUUAACUUUUAUUUCAUAUAUUAUGUGAGUGGGUUUAAUAUAAACAAAACUCGAAACUUAGAGGUGUUUGCUGCUAUGGGUUUGUCAUUCAAGUGUUGGAAGAGCACUUGCUGCAAGAAGCAAAAGUAAAAAAACACUUUCUUAAGUAAGAUGAAUUGUAGAAUCAUGAAUGAUUUUUCGUUGUGGUAUCUUAACAUGAACACAUCAUCAUGAAACAUAAAUUAUAUUUUUUUGUCCUCGUUUGACCCAUCUUAGAUGAAUUUCUGACUACGCCACUGUGAGUGUCUAUGUUUGUGAAACCGUGUCGUACCAGUGGUCUAAAUUGAAAGGGAAAAAAUAUCAUACUGUAGAGUCAAAAUUGAUUAGACAAUUUCAAUAAGUAUGAAACAUUCGAAUCACACGAUUCCAACACAAAAAAAAACCCUACUAAUGUUUCUUCUGAUACGAUCUUACCCUGUUUUUAUCUAUGGUUUAGGGUUCUCUUUUGAAGUCCCACGCAAUAUCACAAGUGGGUUUCUUAAACCGUUUCCUUCCACACUUUUUCUACACACACAUAGACACCCACCGCGCACACACAAUAGCACACCUAGCUAGCUUCACCUACAGCCAUCCAUCUCAUGGAAGAAGAAGAAAAAAAAAAUUGAAUAUACCAAAACCCCUCCCUCCUUUUGUCUCUUUCCUCUCCAAAAAUUUCUCCUAUAUAAACCCUCUUCCUCACCUCUCAUUUUCUGUACUCUCUCCACUUGCAUUUCUAAGCCCUCCUAGUUAUCAAGAGAGAUACUAACUAGCAAUCCCUCCACCUCUUCGUCAGAAGAGCGGGGAAGGCUAGCUAGCAAUACAUACGCGGUCUGUAUACUAGUAUUACUAUACGCUAUACGUAUACUAUCAAAAUACAGUAUUGUACGUCUGUGUAUUGUGAAGAAGAAGAAGAAGAAUGGCGGCGGAGAAGGGUUUGAUGGGUUUGUUGCCGCUGGUGGUCAUGGUUCUGGUCCAAGUUGGGUACGCCGGAAUGAACGUCAUAGCCAAGGUGGCCAUGAACGCCGGAAUGCAGCCGCUCGUCCUCGUCGCUUACCGGCAGAUCUUCGCCACCGUCGCUCUCGCACCCUUGGCUUUCUACCUUGAGAGGAAUACCAGGCCAAAGAUCACCAUCCCUCUGCUGGUCAACAUCUUCUGGUGCUCCCUCACUGGAGUGACUGGAAACCAGGUCCUCUACUUCAUUGGACUGCAACUAUCAACCCCGACAAUCGGCUGCGCACUAUCCAACACCCUACCCGCUCUCACCUUCGUCCUCGCUGUCCUCUUCAGGCAGGAGUCGGUGGGGAUCAAGAGAAUUUCUGGACAGGCCAAGGUGAUGGGCACGAUCUGCUGCGUGGGAGGCGCGAUGGUGCUUUCGUUCUACCACGGCCACAUCAUCAAGAUCCCCGAAUCCGGCAUCCACGUCAUCGACAACGCCGCCGGCGGAGCCGGCGCCAGCAGCAGCGCCGCGAGUACCGCGAUGUCGUUCCUGGGCCCGCUGCUGAUCAUCGGGAGCGCGCUCUCCUGGGCCGUGUGGUUCGUCCUCCAGGCCCGGGUCAGCGAGUCGUUCCCGGCCCCCUACACCUGCAGCUGGCUCAUGUGCUUCAUGGGCUCGAUCCAGUGCAUCCUCAUCGCCGCGGGGCCCAAUCACCACGUGGCCCAGUGGUCCCUCGCCAAUCCCGGCGCCCUCUCCGCCGCCCUCUAUUCGGGGGUCGUGUGUUCGGCGCUCGGAUUCUCGCUGACGGCGUGGAGCAUACAGAAGAGGGGCGCGUUGUACGUGUCGGUUUUCACGCCGCUGCUGCUCGUGGUGGUGGCGGUGCUGAGCUGGGCCUUCCUCGGGGAGAAGCUGUUCAUGGGGACGCUGAUAGGGUCGGUGUUCAUAAUCGGGGGGCUGUACGCCGUGCUGUGGGGGAAAGAUAUGGAGGAGAAGCUGGUGGCGGUGGCUCCGCUGGGAGAAGUGGAUAAGCACGGAGAUCCUGUGUCGACGAUGGUCUUUAAUAAGGAGGAACAGGACGUGGAGCUUCAGUUGCCGGCGGCGGCGGGUGGUGGUGGUGGUGAUGGCCGUGCAGCAGGGGUGGCCUGAAGAAAAAAUAUAAUGGUUAAAAAUGAGUUUCAUAACUUGUGGUAGUUUUUGUUUGUCUGUCAAAGUACGUGAUGUUAAGCUAGAGCUGGUUAAGUCGUCAUGCUCUAGCUAAAAGUUUAAAAGUUGUUUCUUGUAUCCGGCUAUCUGUUCGUUUCGUUUCCUUCUUCUGUUUCUUUCCGUUUAACAAGUGUAAUCUGCGCUCUGUUUUUGCAAUGAAAAAAUGUGGAGAAUGUGGCCUUUGUUUAGUCUAGCCUCUAAACUCUAAAGGGUCGUCCCUCAACUGCUUGGAAACAGAGUUUGUUUUUGUAUUGAGUGGGGACAGACUUGAGACAAACCCUGAUGGGUCGAGAUGAAUGAGAGACGACAGUGGGCUUUUGGGACUUUUGAACGGGAUUUAUUAGCCUUGGGCCGGCUCAUGGGCUGUUAACUGGUAUUAGUUUGUGUCAAAACUCCAAACAGAUUUCAUGAAUUCCUUCUUUGGUGUAGCCCUACUCCAAUCCGCAGUUACGCACUCCACUUUUUUCUUUACCGUCAAGCUGUGUAUUAAUUAUCACUAGAUUCGAGCCCGCCCGUUGGGACGGAUAGCCAAAUACAUUGUGUUGAUGGCAUAAACAACAAUAAUCUCCAUCAUCAAUAUUAUCUUUCUUCUUAUCAACAAUUCCAUCGUCUUCAUUAUCAAAUUCACUACCUUGAAUAUUAACAGACAAUUCCUCCAAAAAAAAGGCUCUUUCUUCUUCUCUCGAUUUUCAAUGAAAUCGAAAGUUUAAUUAGAGAAUGUUUGCAAACAUGACGCCGCAAGUAUAAUGUUAUUUCAUUCGAGACAUUAUAUAUUGUCGAUGAUUGGUUGUUUCUCUUUGUCGAAACCUCUAUCUCCAGCCAACAUGAAUAGUAUCUCUUUUCAAUCAAGUCAUUAUUAUUUCAAUCUCCGCUGCAAGUAUAAUUUUAUUUCAUUCAAGUCAUUAUUAUUUCAAUCACAUUAUCCACUACUUCCACUUUUGGAUACUCUUCCUUUCCUACACAUCAGUAAGUUCAAAAUUUCCAUAGUAAAAUGUUUGAAAAUAUGAAACAUCAAUUUCGCAUAUGUAAAAUUUAUAACGUCCAAGUUUUGACAUUUUCUGAGAUUGGCUCUUUAAUCCUUUCUUGUCUUAAAAAAUUGUAUACUCACUUGCGUGUUCGUGAUGUUGAAAUAGAUGAAUUUGUUGUGAAACUUUCACUCCAUUCCCUCAAUUUGUAGGAGAUAAGGAGGUGCAUGUCCUCAUUUUGUCUUUAUCUAGUAAUACUUUGUCCAAAACUCGGACCUGGAUCAGAAACAUAUAAAAUUAUAGCAAUUGAGAUCAACUAUUUAAGUCAAACAAUUUGUAUUAAAUGGUAUGAUGAUUUUUCCUUCAAAUGAAUGAAUUUCAAGUUAAGAAUGGAUUGCUACCUAGUUCAUAUAGGCUUUGAUGUUCUUGUACAAUUCACACUUAAGUACUCGUGGGAGUCUUUUUCGCUUUUGGUGGAUAGGUUUAGCGUUAACAUAGCACAAUACCAAUUCUCAACUUUGACAACUUUGUGUUGGAAGGAAUAUAAAUUGUUCUACAUAUUAGAGAAAGACUUAGCAUUUUAAUACUCUUGUAAUAUUUUGGUGGGGAUUGUCAUAAACUAGUUGGUCACAAUAACUCGAGGUCAAACGAAAGCCAACCCAUGGGCUUUAAGUUUGCACAGGCCCACCAUACCAUGUGCCUUAAUCAACUGUUAAUGUUGUGGGUCGUGGAGAAUCGAACACAUGACCACUUGGCCAAACAAGCUCUGAUACCAUGUCAUAAACCAGUUGGCCCCAAUAACUCGAGUUGUUAGGAGAAAGUUAUGUUGUAUCUUAUACCACUCUCUCACAACGAUAACCAAUAUGUGCGAGAAUGACAUUUAUUAUCUUGCCAUAGAGAGGAACAUUCUCACUACACCCUUGUACCCAAAUUGUAUAUUGGGCUCAAAUUAAAAGUUUAAAUCAUGA